AUGUCGGACGAAAAGUAUGUUGCGGACAGCAAGAUCGAGAGACCACUCGAAAAAGACGUGGAGAAAAAAUUGGACGCGACGCAAUUGGAGCCCUUUGGAAAUGAGGACACAGCGGAGGUCAAGUAUCGGACUAUGAAAUGGUGGCACUGUGGAAUGCUCAUGAUCGCAGAGAAUGUUUCUGUCGGAAUUCUGUCUUUGCCAUCCGCAGUGGCUACCCUUGGAAUGGUUCCCGCUGCUAUUAUGAUUUUGUUCGUCUCUGCUCUUUCAUGGUAUACUGGCUACGUCAUUGGCCAAUUCAAACUUCGCCAUCCUGCAGUUCACAGCAUGGGAGAUGCCGGCGAGAUCUUGAUGGGUCCUUUCGGCCGUGAGUUGCUAGGACUUGGCCAGCUGCUGCUGUUGAUCUUCCUCAUGGCGAGCAACAUUUUGAUGUUCAACAUUCUGAUGAAUGUAUUGACCGAUCACGGUACCUGCACGUUGGUGUUUGGUGUCGUUGGACUGGUCAUCUGCUUUUUGGGUGCCUUGCCUCGUACCAUGGACAAGGUCUACUGGAUGUCCGUCAUUUCAUUCUUGAGUGUCUUCGUUGCGACAGUGUUGACCAUGAUCACCGUGGGAGUCGAGAGCAAAGGACAUGUCAAGAACGAAGCGACAACGGAUGUCAGCUUCCGCGAAGGUUUUUUGGCGGUGACAAACAUCAUCUUCGCUUACCUCGCCCACGUUGCGUACUUUGGCUUCAUGUCUGAAACAGAAGACCCACGUACAUUCAACAAGUCACUCGCCAUGCUUCAAAUCAUCGACACCACCCUGUACCUUGUUAGUGCACUGCUCAUCUAUCAUUACGUGGGACCGGAGACAGCCACCAGCGUCGGCGUGCAAUCGCCUGCCAUUCUCUCUCUAAGCCCGUUGAUGGGCAAGAUUGCCUGGGGUCUUUCAAUUCCAACGACAAUUCUUUCCGGAGUUGUCUUGGGUCACGUCGCGUGCAAAUACAUCUAUGUGCGUAUGUUCCGUGGGUCAGACAAGAUGCACGGCCGAACCUUACUGUCGAUUGGGUCCUGGGUCGGUAUCUGUCUCGCAGUCUGGGUUGUUGCCUGGGUCGUGGCAGAAUCUAUUCCCGUGUUCAAUGAUCUGCUGAGUCUGAUUAGUGCGGUCUUUGGAAGUUGGUUUAGCUUCGGACUCCCGGCGAUCUUUUGGUUCUAUAUGAAUAAGGGCCGUUACUUCCAGAACUGGAAGAAGAUUGUUUUGACGAUUACCAAUAUUUUGGUCUUGGCUAUUGCCUUUGCUAUUGUAGUGCGGGUUGGGACUAUGGGUGUCAGGAGUCGCCAUUCACGAAGACUCCAGUUCCAGAAGUUGGUCUUGUGCCAAUAA